AUGCCAGCUGAGCUGCAGGGCUGCCCAGCCGUUUAUUUUGCCCGCUGCAGCAAUGCAAGCAAUGAUGGUGCCAGCAGCGAACCUCAGCAAGCACAGGAGGAACCGGGGGUGUCAUGCUCCCUGCUGCCAACCGGGCCAUCCCUGUCGCACCUGCACCUACUGCUGACGCAUGUGCUGGCACCAUUGGUCGCUGGGUAUGGGAAUGCGGAUGCCAAGGAUGGCGGCAACAGUGACGACAAUGACGGCACAGACGCAGCAGCGGCGGCAGAAGCAGCAUUGGGGCAGGGUAACAGCCGCGGGAACGGCAACAGCAACAGCCGUGGCGGCAGCGUCAUUAGCAGCAGCGGUAUCCCCACAGAUGUGCAGGCUGAGCUGCUGGUAGCUGUCCACAAGUUUGCGGCACAGGUGGCGUCCUGCGCCAAACAUGUGCGCAGCGAGGUGGCGGUGCAGCUUCCGGCGGCGGACCUGCGGGAUGUGGCGGCAGCGGCACGCAGCGAGGAGGCUGUGCUGGCAUGUGAGCGGUGCAUGGAGGAGUGGGUGAGGGCGGCAACGGGCGUGCUUCAGAGGGAGAGCGCAGUGCGGCCUGCAGGCCGGGGCCCGCUGGCGGAGCUGGAGUUCUGGCAGGCGCGGGCCGAGGUGUAUGGCGGGCUGCUGGAGCAGCUCAGCGUGCCCGCCGUGCGCGCCGCGCAGGGCGUGGUUGAGGCGGGCAGCCUGGAUCACAACCUGGCCGCCUCCUUCCGCGCCCAGCUGUCGGAGCUGACCCGGCUGGCCAUGGAGGCUCGCGACAACGCCCGGUUCCUGCUCACCCUGGAGCGACACUUCAGGGCGCUGGCGGGCGGCGGCCUGCGCGGCGUGGCCGACGCACUGCACCCCAUGCUCAACGCCCUGCGCAUGAUCUGGGUUGUGUCGCGCUACUACGGCGACGAUGUGCACAUGAGCAACUUGAUGGAGCGCAUCGCGCAUGGCCUGCAGGAUCGGCUGGAUGGUGCGUUGGACAUGGGCAGCCUGUUCCGCGCCCCCGCGGCGCAGUCGCUGGAGCUGGUGCGCACGUGCCGGGCCAUUGCCGAGGGGUGGCAGGCGCACUACAUGGCGAUGCGGGAGAAGAUAGAGGCCUCGGGGCACCACGCCCGCUGGGAGUUCAGCAAGCAGCUGCUGUUUGAGAGGACCAACCACGCGGCAGAGGUGUGCGGCGAGCUGGCGGGCAUGGUGCAGGCCGUGGACGACUUCCGCCAGUUCCUGGGGCCGGAGCUCAAGGCGGUGACGGGGGACACCAGCGUGAUUGACGAGGUGUCGGUCAUGGUGCAGGCCAUGGUGGAGCCUGUGGAGCGGGUGGGGUUCAACCCUCUGGACCGGGCGGCCGCCGCCGAGUGGCGCGCGGUGCGCCAGCGCUUUGCACGAGACGCCGACGACAUCAAGCUGGCCACCCGCGACCUCAUCGACACCUGCUUCCGCAGGCUGCGCAGCAGCCCUCCGUUGACUCGCAACAUGCCGCCUGUAGCAGGCUCCAUCAAGUGGAGCCGCGGCCUGCUGGUGCGGCUGCGGCGCACUUGGAUCCGCCUGCAGGCGCUGAACAACGACCUGGAGGCGCUCGAGACGGGCAGGAGGGCUUCGGAUGCCAUGACAGAGCUGUCCAAGGACAUGCUGCGAUACGAGAAGUCCCGGUUUGCGGCUUGGGAUGCCACGGUGGAUGCAGCCGUAACGGCUGGCCUGCAGCAGCCGCUGCUGUGCCACCAGCCCGCGGCGCCUGGCGUGGACAGCAGCAGCCACCCAGGUUCCGGACAAGCAGGGAGUGAUGGAAGCGGCGGGGCGGUUGCCAUCAACUUCCCACCCGCGCUGCUGCGCCUCAUGCGGGAGGCCAAGUACUUGGAUCAGAUGGGCUAUACGGUGCCGCAGCUGGCAGUCAACCUGGCGCUGCAGGAGGGGCAGAUCAGGGAGCACUUCCAGGCGCUGGGGUCGAUGCUGGAUCGCCACCGGGGCGCCACUGCCUCGCUGCACAGCGCAGAGCGUGCGCUGCUGGUGGAGCAGCUGAUGGGGCUGAAGGCGGCGCUGGAGCCGGGGCUGACCCGCAUCAACUGGACCUCGCUCACCAUCCCGCAGUUUGUGGCGGCGGUGAACAAGGUGGUGGACCAGUUCACAGCUCUGGUGGCGCAGGUGCAGAAGAACACGGCCCUGAUAGAAAAGACAAUCUUCCACAUCACUAGGGCCCGCCUGGUGCCGCCCGAUGCGCCCCUUGCUGAGGGUGUGGAUGAUGUGGGGCUGGAUGUGCCCGACCUUCAGGAGUUUGUGGAGGACUUUGAGCAGCAUCGGCAGCAGGUGGUAGAGGGGCUGGCGGCGCGCUACCGCUCGGUGGGGCCGCUGCUGGUCAAGGUGGAGGAGCUGGUGGCGGGCACCGCCAGCGGCAAGUCGCCGCGGCUGGCCGGGUACUAUGCUUAUUGGGAACGCCGCCUCUUCAGUGCCGUCAACUCUAUGGUGGUGUCAGGCCUGCAGGCCCUACACGCCCGCAUGCAGGCCUGCCGCGGAGGAGGCCAGCAGGAGGCCGCAGACGCCGAAAGCGGCCAGCCCAGCAAGCCGCUCGAAGUGGUGGUGGUGCCGUCCACCGUGGAGGUGGCCAAGGCGCUGCAGCGCCUGCUGCACAACAUGGCAGAGAGCGCCAAGCCCUUUGUGCGCUGGAUGGACGGCACGUGCAUCGAGGCGCCGGAGCAGUAUGUUUAUGGCGAGGAUGCCGAGCCCUUUGUGUUCUCUUUCUUCUCCGACAUCAGCCAGAGCCCCGCCGUCAUCCGCGCCAUGCUGGGAGCGCAGCACGAGGUGCAGCGCGCCGCGACGGGCGUGGGGCGGGUGGCGGCCAGGUGGCACGCGUUUGGCGUGCUGUGGCGGGGCGACCGCGAUGCGUCCCUGGCCAAGCUCAGGACCCGGAAGCCAAAUGUGGCGGCCGCCGAGGAGCGCAUGGCGCAGUACCAUCGGGUCGGGGAGGAGGCGUGGGCGGCCGGCGGCGACCAGGACACGCACUUCAUACGAGUGAGGUGUGCGCCCCUGGCGGCCGCUGUGCGCGACGAGGCGCAGGCCUGGGUGCGGGGCAUAGCCCAGGUGCUGGCAGAAGGGGAUGCGGAGCAACUCGGGGCGCUGCGCCAGCAGGCAAGUGUGUGUGUGGGGGGGCUGACAGCCAACUGCCAACAGACCACCACCUUGCAAGCAUGGCACUGCACAGUACCCCCUCUCUACUUAGCUUAA